GAAAGGCCAGAAAUUGAAGCUGCCGCCUUGGAGACUGAAGCUAACGAGAAAGGUGAAAAAUCGGAGGUAGCUAAACCCGAGCCAUUUGAAUCACCUCCCUUGAAGAAAGGUAUUAUCGCAUUGUGGAGAGCACGCUGCAUCACGCCCUACAAUCCUGAUUUAUUACCGCCUGAGCCGAUACCGCUGCAGGAAGAGGUGUCCGUGGAUUCUCUGGUAGAUAAAUGUUCGGAAGAUUUAGCAAUGGCACCGGAACAAUACUUGAAGUACGAAGACGAAUACGAAGGUGAAAUGAGAGGUUAUUACAAUGAUACUGACUACACUAGACCAUCCGUUGAAACAAUUUAAUUAGGGAAAUCAGUGUUAAAUUUAAAAACAAGACGUAAUGUUAAUCUUCUCUUCUUUGAUCGCGCAUUAAAAUAUUUCUGAGCAAACGAAAAUAAAAAUACAUUAAUUAAUAAUUAUAAUACAAAAUGAACUUGUACACAUUCGGCACGUAGUUGUGCGUAGAUGGUUAGGCAAAAAUGCAACAUGUUUUUAAGCACUUUAUUUAGGAAAUUAUAAUAACAAAUGUGCGUAUGUGCCCAUAUCAGACAAUGUAAAGAACUUAUUUUAUAGGCACGCGUAGGUCUUGUUCGAAAGUUGCAUUCGUCAAAGUGUUUGAAGUAUGUCUAAUGUAUGUAUAUAUAUUAUGUGUAUUACAUUGAAUAUAUCAGCAACAAGUAGAACGCGAAUACGUAUUCAUAAUAUUAGCUAAGCGUACGCUCAAGAUAAUCGUAGUCUAUUCAAUUUUACUCCAAAGAUAGUCAUAGAUACGCAAAGGAUUUUGUAUUUUCUAUAUAUAUAUAUGUGUGUGUAUG